UUAGGCGCUGAGGGCCGUGGCUUUUGGCGUCCCAGCACGGCUCCUAGAUGACUUUGGCGCCAACCUGACGCUCUUGGCGCUCUGCAGGUGCAUCGGAUCAAUGUGCCGAGCGCAUCAGCUGCUGCGCAUGCAGAAUGACAAGCGUCUGUUUGACAUCUUUGUCAAGGCCUUCACUGUCUGCUCUGACCACCAGCUGCUUGUGCCGGAAUUUACCUCAUUCGUCGAGGCAUUUGGGCUGACCGAUGCGCAGCACACGCGGGUGGCGGAGCUGACCAGGGUCGAGCGGUCAGGUAGCUCGCGCGAGGGCUUUGUUCUCGCACUCGGAGCACUCGCGAGGGAUCACAGCUUUGCAGUUUUGUGCGAAUUGAUAACCGAUGGGCUGCUGGAUUGCACUGUGGACAAUCGCGGCGAUGUCGGGUCCUGGGUGCGCAAGGAGUGUCUCACUACCCUCAACCAGAUAUUCGCGAGCGAUGCGUCAGCGCUGGCCCAGCUCAGCGACAACGACCUUGUCACCAGGCUGUUUGCAAGGCCGCUGCAGGCGGCAACAGAGAGAAUCGACAAGCUCCGGGCGGCCGCGGGAGAAUUGAUUGAGACGCUGCUGGCAAGUUUGCAGUAAGCGCAGUAGCGGAAUAUACCUGAAAUGCUGCCAGCAGAGGCAGAGGCAGAGCAGAGGCAGAGGCAGAGGCAGAGGCAGAGGCAGUUGACGGUGCUGCUACUGCUUCUCCAGCUACGCCCUCUGGAUGGGGCGUGGAUAGCAUUGUUGCUGAGCUGACGCGACUACUGCUGACUGACCGGAAGACCAGUAAGCUCAUCAACCCAGGCAUUGAUAGUGGCCGACCAGCUCAUCGAGCAAGGGGCAUUGAUGAGCGCAUCCCC